AUGGUCAUGAAUCGCAGGCAUCUCUACAAGAUACUUUGUAUAGUUCUUGGUCUGAAGCUGGGUCUUCUGUCGCUGCUCUACUUACGCUCUGAUUCCAUUUUAAAAAGCCAAAUUUUCAAGGAGCGGUCGGUUAAUAUCGAUGAGCUGCUGAUUGAUAGGCGCGCGGAGCCCACCUGGGAGCAGCGUUUGGAAUUGAUACUCGAAGAUAUUCCUUCGCUGCCUUUAGUCGAAAUGCUGGCAGCGAAGGACGAACAGCAGAAACUGAAGUGUGCACCUCUAUCGAAAGAUAUUGAGUUCCACAACGACUACUGGCAGGUAGCGCAUGCUGAAAACUUGACUUACUACCUCUUUGGUGCGUACUACGAUUGUAGGGAGACGGUGGUGGAGACCCCUCUAGUACGUCUUCUGGCUAUGAUAAAUGAACGCGGCAAUACCGGUGCGGUAUAUCCGAAGACCCAUUGCCAGCUGUGGUUCAAGUCCCAAUUGCAGCCCGUGAUUGUGCCCGUGCUGGAUCACAAGGUCAUUUGGUUUUGGUGGAAAGCGGCAAACCACUUUUAUCCCACGCUUAUGGAAUGUGCUGUGCCCAGUGGUGAAGUGCCCGCAAUGGUGUCUUUAGUCUUAGAGCCCUGUGAGAAGGCAACCAACCUUCUAAAGGUGUUUUAUGAAUCGGCACCGCUGUUUCCGGAGCAGAAACAAUUAAAUGAGACAACUGUCUUAGAGAAGGAUGGAAGCCGUCCAUUAAAGUUUGCUGUAUGCGUCAAAACCAUGAACUUUCUUUAUACUGACAUGUCCUGGCGUUUGAUUGAAUGGUUGGAACUGAUGCGUCUACUGGGUGCCGAGAAGAUCGUGUUCUACAAUGGACCCAUGCAUGCUAAUAUGACGCGUGUGCUCCGCCAUUAUGUAGACGAAGAUCGGCCAGGCUUUGUCGAGCUUCGGCCGAUGUCCUUGGCUCGCGGCGAGCCGAACUCACCGGUUCACUUCCAUCAUUACGCUCUGGGAGCGGAUAACUUCAAUAGUAUACUGAAUGAGAUGAUACCCUACAAUGACUGCUUCUAUCGAAAUAUGUAUCGCUAUGACUAUAUUGGCCUUUUUGAUAUCGAUGAGGUUAUCAUGCCCCUCGGAAACUUCACCACCUGGUCGGAUUUACUAAAAUUCGAGAAGCAGUCGCCCGACCCGAAUCCCAAUUGUAAGGACUCGGCAAGCUUCUGCUUUCGAAAUGCCUAUUUCCCGAAUUACGAGGAGCGACCGAAGUUUUUCCAACAGUUCCCGGCCUAUUUCUAUAUGCUCCAGCAUGUUGAGCGCACUCGUGAGUAUUGUGAUCCCGGCGAUGCGACAAAGUGCUUUCACUCGACCAGUUAUGCCAUCGGCCUGCACAAUCAUGCUCCAUUGUACUGGAAGGAUAGAAUCUGUAGUGCCCGAACGCUGGAUGUUCAGUAUGCCCAGCUCCAUCAUUACAGAGAGCCAGAUACCAAGUCCAAGCUGUUGGAUACUGUGGUGGACGACAAUAUUUGGCGAUUUCAGCCACAACUGCAGAAUCGCACAAUGGCCAAGUACAGAAAGCUGGGCUUUCUACCCACGACAAGACAGCAGCGCCGAGACGAAGAGGAGUUACAAAACUAA